AUGUUAAGUGGAUGGGCAUCUUGGGUUUCAUCACUACAAAUCAGUAUAUUUUGUGCAAUAAGUUCACUCGCCUUUUACUUACACAAUGAUUUUAUAUCCAUUGAGUCAUCUAAAGCUACCAAAUAUUCCGAAUCACUUCUGUGUCCCAGAGCAUGUGUCUAUUUCAAUGUCUCUAUGCAAACAAAGUCUACUUUUUCCCCUUUAUUAAACACAUUAAUUCUCUAUACUGAAGUUGCUGCUGCUGCCGCUGCUGCUGCUGCUGUAUUGUCAAUGACAUGUCCUACAAUACCUGCCAAGUGGGAGGCAUUUGGCAUCGUAUUGAUGGACAGAGAAGACAACACAGAGAAUCGUUUUAUUAGACAUUUAUUGAGAAAGAGUGUUAAGAAUGGAAUGGAAGCCAUGACACGUGGGUAUGGAAGUACACCUCAGAUGUAUUGA